AUGUGUCCGAAGUCUACCGAUGAAAUCGCAAAAAUGGAAAAGGUACCAUUUCGAGAACUUGUAGGUGGAUUACAGUUCGUCUCACAAUGUACCAGACCGGACAUUGCGUUUGCGGUGAAUGCAAUCAGCAGUUUUUGCAGCAACCCGGUAGAAAUCCACUGGAUCGCUGAUAAACGUGUACUCAGAUAUCUGAAAGGUACCAAACAAAACAAACUUGUGAACAGCAACAGAGCUGGGACAGAGCAGUUUCUUGGGUAUUUCGAUGCAGACUGGGGAAAUGACUCGGAGACACGACGAUCUAUCACCGGAUACGUGUUUAUGCAUGCUGAUGGUACUGUUGCCUGGUGUUCUAAAAGGCAACCAACAGUGGUUCUCUCAACAACAGAAGCAGAGUAUAUGGCUCUGGCAGCAGUGGGACAAGAAGCAUUAUGGUGGCGCGCAUUUAGGGCAGAACUGAGCGGAGCUGAAACAACACUACCAAUUUGCUGUGACAACAGAGGCGCUAUUUAUCUUUCGGAGAAGGAAAUCUGCUAUUCGGCACGAACUAAACACAUAGAUUUGCGGCAUCAUUUCAUCAAAGAACAAGUGGAAAAGAAAUCUGUGAAGCUAUGCUAUGUUCCUUCGAAUCAACAACUUGCCGAUAUCUUGACGAAACCAGUUCCUUUUUCAAAACUUCAGGAUGCUAGAAGGUCCCUUGGAAUACUCGAAAAUCAAAGUUAA